AUGACCUACUUAUCUGCUCCUUACUCUUCCUUCCAGGUGCUGGAAAAAUUCAUGUCUCGUCUGGUCCAGAACCGCGUGAUGGCCCACAAAGACCUGCGAACGCUCAGCAAAUACCAGCUCAUCCUGGCCAGGGAUCAGUUCCGCAAGAACCCGCCGCCGAACGUCAAGGGCCGGGAGCAGGGCAUGCUGGAGGGCGACUUUGCCCUCUGCAUCAGCCUGUACCACGGCUACGAGCUGCUGAUGCAGAUGGGGCUCCGCUCGCUCUUCUUCUACAUCCAGGGCAUCAUGGACGGAUCCAGAGAGAUGUCCAGGGCCAAGAACGAGCUGCAGAGGACGCCCAUGUUCAUGGCCCUGUACCAGGAGAUGGAGACGAUGUUCAUGAAGCCAUCUGCUGGUCCAGAUGAGCCGUUCAUUUACAGCCACCCCAAGCUGCAGAAACUGGAGGAUGUUGUGCUGCAGCAUUUCAGACUGUGGGCUGAGAGCUCAGCUGGCAAUAAUGCUUCGGGCUCUGAGGACGUCAGCACACGCGUGAUGAUCUUUUCCUCGUUUCGGGAGAGCGUGCAGGAGAUCGCGGCCAUGUUGAACCGCCACGCUCCGCUCAUCAAGGUCAUGACCUUCAUGGGUCAGGCUUCGGCCGGGAAAGGAGUCAAAGGCUUCACCCAGAAGGAGCAGCUGGAGGUGGUCCACAGGUUCCGACACGGAGGCUUCAACACGUUGGUGUCCACUUGUGUGGGCGAGGAGGGCCUGGACAUCGGAGAGGUGGACCUCAUUGUUUGCUUUGACGCACAGAAGAACCCCAUCCGCCUGGUGCAGCGGAUGGGACGUACUGGACGCAAGCGGCAGGGACGCAUCGUGGUCAUCCUGGCUGAGGGACGGGAGGAGAGGACCUACAAUCAGAGCCAGAGCAACAAGAAGAGCGUGUACAAGUCCAUCAUAGGGAACAAAAGCGGCUUCCACAUGUACCCCAACAGCCCCCGCAUGCUGCCGGACGGGCUGAACCCCCGCCUCCAUAGAAUGCACAUCACCUGCGGCCAGUUCGACCACCGGGACACCAGCAGGCGGUCCGGUGGGGGCCGGCGCUCCCACUCCGGGGGACGGGCCUCGCUCAUCCACCCUCAGAACCUGAUUCAACAGGCCAGUGCCACGUCUGACGGGUUUCUGAGCAGCGCCGAGUAUUCGCUGUGGGCGUCCACCAUGAGGCUGGAGGAGCACGAAGCUCAUCCCACCCUCAGACAGUCACACUUUGUGUCCAUACCCAGCGACCCACCACCUCAGCGACAGGAGGAAGUUUCCGACAGCGGCCCAGCGGCCAGGGAGCUGUCUCUGUGGGAAUGGAGGCACUGGCAGCACAAGGCGCUUCCCUUCCACGCCGUGGAUCAUUCCCUCCGCUGCAGCCACUUCGUCAAGGUGAUGGAGCUCAUAGACGGUAUGAAGGAGGAAAACGAGGGGGAAUGUCGUUACGAGAAGGAGCUCCUCCCCUACCUCGACGAGGGCGACGGCGUGAAGAGCAGGCAGAAGAAACCGAAGGCCACAAAGGUUAAAAGGACCAACAGUAAAGCCAAACCGUCGCACUCGUCCUGGUCUGAACUGGAAUGCAUCGACGAGGAAACGGACACACGGACGGCGGGGUUGUUUUCCGCUCUGGCCACGACGAAACAGAGGCUACCUGUUGAGCGUAUCGACGGCGUCAGAGGUCCCUCAAGACUCGAAGCGGUUGGUUCCGACUGUCCGGUCGCUGAUAUCGACGACGACUGUGUCAUUGUCCGUGAGGAUGCAGUGAAAGACGAUUUAGAUCCUCUAAACUCAGACGAUGUCUCACAGCUGAUUGCUAAAAACGAUGAAGACGUUGAACUUCAGGCGAUGUUCUACCUUCCCAGAUGGGAUUCGGCGCCGCUGCUGCGCUCUGACAAGCUCCUCCCAGCGACGGACGAGAGUCUGAAGGUCAUCCUGGCCAACGUGGCCGAGCUGCUGUCACGAUCUCCGCCGUCGCUGACCAACGUUUUAGAAGCUCCGUCACCUCCUCCCUCUCCUCAGCCGUCCCCCCAGCCGUUUGUGGUCAGCUUUACCUUGGAUGUGGACGACGAGGACGAGGACGAGUUGAUGAUAAGAGAUGCUGAUGAUUUAGCCCCCAGGCCAGAGUCAGACAAGUCUCCACCUGGUGAAAAGGCCAGUAAACUCUCUCCCAGUUGGCCCGGUCAGAAGAAGGAAGCUGUCAGCGUGGCGGCCGACAGUCCGACUUGGGACGAGGUUUUUGAGGACCAAGAAGUAAAUGAUGACAAAAGGGAGACGGAUGGUGACGUGUGCGAUGACUUUACGGUGAAACUGGUUCACGAGGAACCGAGUGAGGACAGCUUGGGCGGUGUGGGGGAUGAGGAAGUGCCGCCCUCCACAGACGGAGGCGUGAAAGACGACGGAGCCUCUCAGUGCAGCUCCCAUAUGGAUGAGAGCAUAGACUUAUUUGAGGAUGACGAAGCCUUCCUGCAGAUGACCAUCCCAGAUGUCCUCACGCCCAGGACUUCCCCCGUCGCUGACGACAUUCCCGAUAUCACAGAGAGGACGUCUGAAGCCGUGCACACGCCAACGAAUCCACGCAGCGCUGCACAGUCAGCUGACGGCACACGGACGAUUGAAUCAUCAGGCACAAAGCACAGAACUCCGACUUUAAAUGCCAAGCAGGUAGCUCAGGACACAGACACCCACAACACUACAGAGAUGAACCUCACCAGACAAACUAAACCUGUAACAGACAGUUCAAUGACAGACACGUCGAGCAGACAGCAUUUUAAAUCUCCUACAAUGCAGGAACAUGCUGAACUGUUGGACAGCGCCCACGACUUCUUUUCUGUCAACUUUGACCUUGGCUAUUCACUGGAAGACUCUGAUGAUGAAGGAGCAGCAGAUGCUUCUCCUGCCCCUAAACAGCAGACUGACUCUGCUGUGGGUUUGCCGGCUGCUUCUAGCUCUUCUACCCCCUAUAGCAGCUUCACGAUACCGAGAGCAUCCGCCCUGCGUAGCCAACCCAAGUUAUCCUCACCACAGUCAGAGCAACGGACGUCUACCAGCGGUGCACUCCCGUCUCCGAUCACAUCGCCAGCAGUGAGGCGGACGCUCAUGCCUGGUCUCAGGAGGCCUGCAUGCUUGAAACGGAGACGUCCAGAAGGUGUGGCAGCAGAGGGGCUGGGUGAGGACAACACCACCAGUGAGGAGCCUCCUCAUCCAGAUCCCAACAGCGACAGUGAAGACGAGGUUGUUCUUCAUAAAAGAAGACAUCUGGUCAACCCCUUGUCGUCCCCAGAAGUGUCCAAGAUCACCAGCGACGUGGACUCCCCGUUGGUGGUGAGAAGAAGACCUGCUGCUGCCCUGGACACUUCUGAUGAAACGGAGCAUGGAGCUGUGUCCGAUGACGACUUCCAGACCGAGUCCGUGUUCACGCGCAGAACCACACCAAAGGAACCUCAGAGGCAACGGGUCCAGCGGGCCGGAGCCCAGCACGACGUACGCCGAAAAGGCCGUCAGUUCCUGGAUGAAGAAGCGGCGCUGUCGGAGGACGAGGACGUUUCAUCUGAUGAAGACGACGGAGACGAGCAGAACCGGUCUCUGGACGGCUUCGUGGUCGACAACACGCACGCCUCACAGGGACUGAAUGACUCGGAGAUGCACGCACAUUACCUGAAGUCGGUGAGAAGCCCUGCAGCCCAGGGCAAAUUCAAGAUGUCCUACAGAAACCGUCACAACAUGGACAUCUUUUCCCAGGUGCCCGAGAUGGACGAGACGUAUGCCGAGGACAGCUUCGUGGUGGGCAGCGACGUGGAGGAGCCGGACAGCAGCGAGGAAGAGGCCGAGGACGUCGAGCUCAUGCCCGAGGCCUCGUACGUGGACGGCAGAAGGCAGUACGCCACCAGACGCCGUGUUUUCCUGCACAAAGCCAGAGCGAGAGGCGGCGCUCAGACCGGAGCCGACCCUCCAUCAGAACAGAGAGCCGCGACCAAAACCAAACGCACCCGGGUCAUACGCAUCGACGAUUCCAGUGAGGAUGAUAUGGAGGACGUUAGUGAAGGGAAGAGCCUCACAACAGGAGAGGGCGCUGUUCCCGUUUCCUCUGCGACUAUCGCAUCAAAGGUGUCGUUGUUGAGUAAAGCUCAGAGGAGCUCAGUGAGCGGAGAGCAGCAAAGUGAGAGGUGUCGCCAGAGGUUAGAAAAUCAACAUCUCCUCUCCGACGAGCUCGACUUUACGGAGCCUCAGUCAAAGAAACAGACCCUCGCUGCCACUUCUUCCCUGCCUCAGAAGUCCACUGGGCCGGGUUUACCUGUCCCGCCCCCGGCCUCCACCUCCACCGGGUCCGUCAGCAUCCUGGUGGACAGCAGCUGCAUCAGUGGCGGCGUGGAGCUCAUCACCAGCCUGCGUCAGCGACACGCAGCCGCCGUCCACGUCUGCUCGCUGGGAGGCAGCUACUUCAUCGUCAGCAACCGCAUGGCGGUGGAGAGGCACAGCCAAUCAGAUUUAGCCGCAACGCAGAACCGGACACAGCUGGCCGAAAGGGUGAAGAGCCUGCAGGCGUUGUUUGAGCGCGUGUGUCUGAUCGUGGAGAAAGACCGAAUCAAGAAAGGUGAGGCGUCACGUCCAUUUCAGCAGACGCGUUUCUACGACUGCACCUUGGCGGCGCUGGUGCGCGCCGGCGUCCGCCUGCUGUGGAGCGACGGUGCCGAGGAGAGCGCGGGCCUGAUGGCGGACCUGGCCCGACUGGAGCAGCGGAAAGGUCAGGGCAUCGGCGUACCGCUGGAGGUCACAGGGCAGCACAGGGAGGAGGCCCUGCAGGUGUUCCUGAGCAUGCCCUCAGUCAGCUACGUCCACGCACUCAACAUGAGCCACAGCUUCGGCUCAGUCGAGGAGCUGAUAAACAGCCCGGUUGAAGCCAUACAGAAGGCAGGGUGCAUGAGUCGGACCAGAGCCGAGGAGAUCUAUCGCUUCCUGCGCUACUCCUGCGACACAUUCCUCAUGAAUGCAUGAAAAGCAGGAAGAAAAGCUGCUGGUGCACACAGAUGGAGAAACGACAGGAAUUCCAAAUACAUCUCCAUCAUUCCUCCCUUCCUACCGGUGCACCUUGACUUCUCCCUGCCUUUCCUUUGCCUCCUUCCAGGAAGCAGCCAACACCAGUCGCUGCCUCACAUUGCUGCUGAAGAGCCUCGUCAUUUUUUGCACAAACUGAAGUUGCACAGCACUGGUCUUCAUGUAACACCAGGCCUGUGUGAUAUGGAGCUUACUGUUUAUUUCUCGUCAUGUGGGUGAGUUCCCUGAAGACUCGAUAAAGCAACGCUGUGAGAACAAGAAUCAAAUAACUUAUUGUUAAAAUGAUGGAUACCUUAAUAUGUGUCAAAGGUCUUUAAUAAAAAAAAGGGAUUUUUUUUA